CCUCCGCAGGGUGUGACUAGUCUCCCCCCCCAGCUCCUCCCGUUUGUACAAGUUCAAUCAUGGUGGUUGCCAUGACGUCACGCCGUGUGGGCGUGCUCCACCUUAGCAGCAGGACAGACAGGUCGGACACCUCCAACAGAAGCCUCUCCGCGGGACGUCUGCGGGCCUUUAACUUCAUCACACUAGUUCCCGCGAAGUUCUCCCCGUUCCGCGAUGUUUGGGUCAAAUCACGCCGACGACCGGAGCGGAUGCCUCGACAAGCCGCGACGUGACCGACUGUGACGUCACAGGGGGGGGGUUGCAACGAGGUGUGCCCGUCGGGCGCGGGGCCGCGGCACAGGAGCCCGGCAGGAGGAGCCGCGAUGGGCCCGUCUGCGUUCUGCGGUCGGAGGGGGGAAGCGUCCCCGCGGCGGAGUUGCGCGUUUGGCGCACGGAGCGCGCGCGGAGCGGCGGCGUGGCGGUGCGGGCUGCUGCUCAGCUUCCUGGGUUUCUGCGCCGGUUUGGAGGACGACUGCGUCCUCGGUAUAGUCGGACAGCUGGUCUCGCUGCCCUGCGUCCUCCCCCAGCUAGUGGCCGCGGUGAACGUCAGCAUCGCGUGGCGGAGGGGCGAGGAGGUGGUGCUGAGGUCGGCGUGGAUGGACGACGGCGACGUGGAGGAAUGGAGCGUCAACAGGGCCACGACCCCGGGGGACGCCGCGCUGACGGGGAACCUGUCCCUGCAGCUCCCCGCGGUGGAGGCCUCCGAGCGCCCCGUCAACUACAGCCUGCUCGUCACUUCGGGGGGGAACCAAAGCGGCGCCGAGCUGUGCGCCACGUGCCUCAGGACGGCGGCCAGCUUCAGCUCCCCGGCGCUGCGGCGGGAGGAGGGGGCGGGGCCUGGGGGCGAGACCGCCUUCUGGUGUCACUCCAGCGGGGGUUUUCCCGAACCCGCCGUCUACUGGCUCCUCAACGACACCGAGGACCCCCCCGGCGGCUCGGUGUGGACGCUGGCGGCGGCGCUCCCGCGCUCCCUCCUCUACAACGUCACCAGCCGGCUGACGCUCAACGUCUCCGACGACGCCAGCGUGUCGUGCGUGGUGGAGAACGCCGCCCUGGGCGAGAACCUGACGUCCACCUGCAGCCUGGUGCCGGUGAGGGGAACCCCCGUGGUGACCAGCAGGGCGUCGGAGGCCAUGUGGAUCUUCAGCACGGCUCUGUGCGCGGUGGUCGGGGUCAUGGUGUCGGUGGGCGUGGUCUACCAGAUCCACCUGGACCGGAUAAGCCGGACGAGGCGGCGCGAGUCGCUGAAGGAGCCUCCGUACAGAGGAUACAGGAGGAGAAACCCGCGGGAGGAGGAGGAGGAGGACGACGAGGAGGCCAUGACCCCGGAGAGGAAGGAGACCGACGUGUGAACGUUUCCUGACUCGAGGAAACGCAGAACUUUGAUCGUCGUCGUUGCCCGCGGCGACGGCAGGGAGUAACCGAUUCAAGCUUCAAUAAAGACACUCAAACGGCCGUCGAUGAUUUAUUUACAUCAUGACUGAAAAUACCACAAUUUACAUUUGAAUCAAUAAAUCUUAUUUUUGAAAAAA